AUCAGAUUACAAAGGUGACCAGGAAAGUUCUUCCUGAAGAUGCACCAACAGUCCAGACCUCCUCCUCCUCUGGAGCCUCACCUGAAGGACCAGGAGAGAUGGAGGCAGAUGACCACAGAAGUAGAUGACAGGAAGACAAACAGGAAGUUCCAGCAGAAAGACAUUCUCCGUUUCUGAUGUUCCUCACAGGAGAUUGGACCAGAACCCUGCUCUCCAGCUGCAGUUCUGCAGGUGACCACCAGGGGGCGUGGUUCUGAUGGAUGCUGUGUUUUCAGGUCGCAGUCUUGGAGACCCGGAGUUCGCCCAGGAGCAGCUGCUCUACUGCCGCGUCGGGAUCGGGUUCCACCUGCAGAUCCUGCCCGGCGGCUCGGUCCGUGGGGUCCACAGACCCAACCAGUACUGCUGGAUGAAGCUGUUCUCCAUCAGGCCCGGGCUGGUGGCGAUCCGAGGCCUCCGGACCGGCCUGUUCCUCUGCAUGAGCAGAGACGGUCGGGCUUACGGGGCGGUAAGUGGGUGUCCUCAGAUGAACCUCCUCAUAGUUCCCUCCAUGACAGCUGCUUCUCUCUGCAGGAGAAGUUCUCUGAUGACUGCAUCUUCAAGGAGAACCUGGAGGAGAACCACUACACCACCUACUCCUCCUACUCCUACCCGGGAAACUACCUGGCUCUGUCCCGCAAAGGAGAGCUCCGGAGAGGCAGCAGAGUCAACCGGAACCAAGCCAGCACCCACUUCCUGCCCCGCAGACGGCUGUGGUGACCCGAAAGCUGCAGGAACCACGCCGGUUCUGACAAUGAAGGUCCAGAACAGAAGAACGGACUCCUGCUCCUCUUCUCCAAACGGCUGGAGGAGGAGGUGAAGCCGCUUCCACCAAAACCAGGAACCAGCUGGAAUGCAAUCCAGAACCGUCUGGGGUUCUGAUCCAGAGGAGAACAUCUGGACCACCGAUGCUCCUCCACUGUAGAGAGGAAACACAAAUGAGGAGCUGACGGAGACCACUCCUCUGUUGGAGGACGACCUGUGAGCUCACCUAAGCAGCAGCAGAGGGGGCGGAGUUACAACUGAGGAAAAGAAGAGGGAAACCAGAUAGUAAAGGUGAUGGAAUGCCACGGAGGAGGAGGAGCCAUCGGAGGAGGAGGAGCCAGCGGAGGAGGAGGAGCCAGCAGAGGAAAAGAUGGAUUUCUUUUUUGUGAAGUUAGAAACGAUAUUGAACAGAAUCAUGAUGGAUUUAAAAAAUGAAACGUCUGAAAAGAUGAAACUGAUGAACAGAAGUUUAUUUUUUUAAUUGUUUGAAUUUGGUUAAGUUUAGUUUGGAAAGAACGUUUAAUUUAUUGUUCUUGCUGCUUCUGUCGUCUGAUGUUUACAGAGUUUAAAGUGACUUUAUGUAAAAAACUGAUAUUUAUUCUAUUUAUUUGUAAGUAAACAUAAAAGUAUAAUGAAAUAAAGAAUGUUCAGAUGCUGUUUAACAUUAAGUUCAG